UCGUCCCGCCGUCGUUCGGGCCUGGCGGGGCCAUGGAGCCCGCCGCUGGGAGCUGGAGCCUUUCUGGUGUGGAGGUGACUACAAGCCAGAAAGUGCAAUGCGAACUGAGUCUGGUCCAGCAUCGUGGAGAAUAUGAGUUGGUUAUCCGUUCCCGAGACAAGGAACCACCCAGCCAAGAGAACAUUCCCAUCAACAGCCGCUUUAAAUAUGUACAAGAGGCUGAAGAAACUCUGCUGAUCGACAUAGCAGCCAAUACCGGCUGCAAAAUCCGGGUGCAAGGCGACUGGACAGCAGAACGUCUUUUUGAAUUCCCAGAUGAGGAGCAAUGCUUGGGGUUCUUUGCUGAGGUGCUGAGAGUUCAGAAAGCCCAGGCAAAAGCUCCUUUCCCUGACCUUGUGGACCAUGCCUCCUGGCACCAAGUGAAAGGCCUCUCUGGGCCUCCCGAGCCUCCUGCUGCAGGGAUUCUGGGAUUCGAGGAUAACUUCAACGCCAUGAGUUUGGAGAAGAAACGAAACUUGCAGAAUCAGCAAAUGAGUGCCCGCCGAGAGCCUCCACCACCACCGCUGCCACCAAGCAGGCCGUGUCUCCGAGAGAGGGAGGCUGUUGUGAGCAAGGACCAGCCCAAAGUCAGCGACACCAUGCGCAAGCUCUUUGUGCCCAACACGCAAUCCGGGCAAAGGGAAGGGCUCAUUAAGCACAUCAUUGCCAAGAGGGAGAAGGAGUAUGUCAACAUCCAGAACUUCAGGUUUUUUGUGGGGACAUGGAACGUGAAUGGGCAGUCUCCGGACAGUGGCUUGGAACCGUGGCUGAACUGUGACCCUGAGCCUCCAGACAUCUAUUGCAUUGGGUUCCAGGAACUGGACCUGAGCACUGAGGCUUUCUUCUACUUUGAGUCGACCAAGGAGCAAGAGUGGCUGACAGCUGUGGAAAAAGCUCUGCAUGUCAAAGCCAAGUAUAAAAAAGUGCAGCUGGUGCGGCUGGUGGGCAUGAUGCUGCUCAUCUUUGCCAGGAAGGACCAGCUCAGCCACAUCCGGGAUGUGAUGGCCGAGACGGUGGGCACGGGGAUCAUGAGCAAGAUGGGUAACAAGGGAGGCGUGGCAGUGAGGUUCGUCUUCCACAACACCAGUUUCUGCAUCGUCAACUCCCACCUCGCCGCCCAUGUGGAAGACUUUGAGCGCCGCAAUCAGGACUACAAGGAUAUCUGUGCUCGGAUGAGUUUCCAGCCCCCAGACCAGAGCCAACCGCAGCUGACAAUCAUGAAACAUGAUGUUGUCAUCUGGCUGGGAGAUUUGAAUUACAGGCUUUGCCUUCCUGAUGCCAACGAGGUGAAAGUCCUGAUCAGCAAAAGUGAUCUUCAGCAGCUGUUGGUGUAUGAUCAGCUAAAUAUUCAGCGCACUCAAAAGAAAGCUUUUGCCGACUUCAUAGAGGGAGAGAUUAAGUUCAUUCCAACGUACAAAUUCGACUCAAAAACAGAUCGCUGGGAUUCCAGCGGGAAGUGCCGUGUGCCGGCCUGGUGUGACCGAAUCCUCUGGCGAGGCGGCAAUGUCAAUCAGCUCCAAUACCGCAGCCACAUGGAGCUUAAAACAAGCGACCACAAGCCCGUCAGCUCCCUCUUCCUCAUUGGGGUAAAGGUCGUGGAUGAACGACGGUACCGGAAGGUGUUUGAAGAUAUUGUUCGGAUGAUGGACAGGAUGGAGAAUGAAUUCCUUCCAUCUCUGGAGCUCAGCGGAAGGGAGUUUUCAUUUGAGAAUGUGAAGUUUCGGCAGCUGCGGAAGGAGAAGUUCCAGAUCACCAACAAUGGACAGGUCACCUGCCACUUCUCCUUCAUCCCCAAGCUGAACGACAUCCAGUACUGUAAGCCGUGGCUUCGGGCUGAGCCCUGUGAGGGUUACUUAGAGCCAAACGAAACAGUGGAUAUAUCCCUUGAUGUGUAUGUCAGCAAGGACUCAGUGACCCUUCUGAACUCAGGAGAGGACAAAAUUGAGGAGAUCCUUGUCCUUCACCUCGACCGAGGCAAGGAUUAUUUCCUCACCAUCAGUGGGAGUUACCUGCCUAGCUGCUUCGGGACCUCCUUGGAAGCCUUGUGCCGGAUGAAGCGGCCCAUCCGCGAAAUCCCUGUCACCAAGCUCAUUGACCUGGGAGAAGACAGCUUCCUCGAAAAGGAGAAGUCCCUUCUGGAGAUGGUGCCCCAGGACAGCGAGGACUCCAGUGAUCGACCUUUGCAUGUACCGAAGGAGAUCUGGAUCUUGGUGGACCACCUCUUCAAAAAUGCUUGCCAUCAGGAGGACCUCUUCCAGACCCCAGGCAUGCAGGAUGAACUGCAAGACAUCAUUGAGUGCCUGGACACAACCAUUCCUGAGUCGAUCCCUGGCAGUAACCACUCCGUAGCCGAAGCCCUGCUGAUCUUCCUGGAGGCACUACCGGAACCAGUCAUUUGCUACGAGCUGUAUCAGCGCUGCCUUGACUGCUCCCAAGAGAGUCGUCUCUGCCGGCAGGUGAUCAGCCAGCUGCCCCGGUCCCACCGGAAUGUGUUCCGCUACCUGAUGGCAUUCUUGCGGGAGCUGCUGAAAUAUUCUGAGGAUAACAAUGUCAGUGCCAACAUGCUAGCCACACUGUUUGCCAGUCUCCUCCUACGGCCCCCGCCCAACCUCUUGGCAAAGCAGACCCUGCAGGAGCGCCAGCGGGCUAUUAACUUCCUCCUUGUCUUCCUGCUGGGAGUGGAUGACAACUAAAGGUGCCAAAGCCGUGGGCUCCAUGCCAGUCAGGUGGCAGCUUGGAGCAGGGAGGGGGAGGAAAGAAGCAGCCGGGCCUGUGCCUGCGGAGAGGAGGCGGCUUCCCAGUCUUCCUGCGAGGGAGGGAGUCCCUCCUGCUGUAUCCCAGCCCCGCUCCCUGUGCUUCAUCUCUCUUUCGCCGGCUUUUCCCCUGACCCGAAGGCAGCUGCCAAUUCAGUUUUCCCUUGAGCCGCAAAUCUGUGGCAGUCUGUGGGUGUUUGGAGGAGGCGUUCCGUUCACUGGGCACGAAGCCAGGAGGACGGCCUCCUUGUUGCAGCCAGCGGGGUUUGCUGGCAGCUCCCCCCCCCCCACAUCCCACUGCAGAAGCGCCGCAUUUCCACACACCCCGCAGCCCCGGCCCCAUCCCAGCAGAAUAUUUGUUUGAUGCUCUUGCUAGAUACGAGGCCUAGGAAGGGGCCUGUCUCAGCCUGGGACUGCAGGCAAAGAGACUUUCUUCCUGUGCCCUGGGAACGUGGUGCUGGCCGAGGAGAAGCAGGGCAGCAGCUGUGACGUGACACACCAACUUCCUCGCCUGCUCUGUACAGUUUCAGCUCUCUGUCCUUUUCCUGCCCCCGUAGAGUGUGUGGCACAUAUUCCUUGCCCUGCUGAUCUUCCUUAAGAGGCUCUAGUUCUUUAUGAAACACUAAACACUGCCCAAGGGGGAGGGAGGAGGGGCAAGCGGGAGGAGGAGAGGAGCGAUAGGCCUCAAGCUGGGGCCACGGAUGGGGCUGGCUUGGGCUUCUCUCCCCCUUUCACAGUCCUGCACUUUGUUUUUCUGGUUGUCUGUCCUGGGUUGCUGUACCUACUGGUACGUACUCUUUCUCUCUCUCUCUCUCUCUCUUUUUUUAAAAAAAGAAAUGUAUAAUUUAUUGGGAAACCUGUUUCAGAAUAAAUCUUCAUUGUGCA